AUGGGUAAACAAAGUAGAGGAACACUACAGCACCAUUUUACAAAGACAUUAUUUAUGAAAGAUAAUGAGAAUGGUAUUUACUCCCAUACUACAGAUAAUGAGAAUGGUAUUUACUCCCACACUACAGAUAAUGAGAAUGGUAUUUAUUCUCACACUACAGAUAAUGAGAAUGGUAUUUACUCUCACACUACAGAUAAUGAGAAUGGUAUUUACUCCCAUACUACAGAUAAUGAGAAUGGUAUUUACUCCCACACUACAGAUAAUGAGAAUGGUAUUUACUCCCACACUACAGAUAAUGAAAAUGGUAUUUACUCCCACACUACAGAUAAUGAGAAUGGUAUUUACUCCCAUACUAGAGAUAAUGAAAAUGGUAUUUACUCCCACACUAGAGAUAAUGAAAAUGGUAUUUACUCCCACACUAGAGAUAAUGAGAAUGGUAUUUACUCCCAUACUACAGAUAAUGAGAAUGGUAUUUACUCCCACACUACAGAUAAUGAGAAUGGUAUUUACUCCCACACUACAGAUAAUGAGAAUGGUAUUUACUCCCGUGCUACAGAUAAUGAGAAUGGUAUUUACUCCCGUACUACAGAUAAUGAGAAUGGUAUUUACUCCCACACUACAGAUAAUGAGAAUGGUAUUUACUCCCACACUACAGAUAAUGAGAAUGGUAUUUACUCCCACACUACAGAUAAUGAGUAUGGUAUUUACUCCCACACCACAGAUAAUGAAAAUGGUAUUUACUCCCAUACUAGAGAUAAUGAAAAUGGUAUUUACUCCCACACUAGAGAUAAUGAAAAUGGUAUUUACUCCCAUACUACAGAUAAUGAGAAUGGUAUUUACUCCCACACUACAGAUAAUGAGAAUGAUAAUGAGAAUGGUAUUUACUCCCGUACUACAGAUAAUGAGAAUGGUAUUUACUCCCGUACUACAGAUAAUGAGAAUGGUAUUUACUCCCGUACUACAGAUAAUGAGAAUGGUAUUUACUCCCAUACUACAGAUAAUGAGAAUGGUAUUUACUCCCACACUACAGAUAAUGAGAAUGGUAUUUACUCCCACACUACAGAUAAUGAGAAUGGUAUUUACUCCCACACUAGAGAUACUGAGAAUGGUAUUUACUCCCAUACUACAGAUAAUGAGAAUGGUAUUUACUCCCACACUAGAGAUAAUGAGAAUGGUAUUUACUCCCAUACUACAGAUAAAGAGAAUGGUAUUUACUCCCACACUACAGAUAAUGAGAACGGUAUUUACUCCCACACUAGAGAUACUGAGAAUGGUAUUUACUCCCAUACUACAGAUAAUGAGAAUGGUAUUUACUCCCACACUAGAGAUAAUGAGAAUGGUAUUUACUCCCAUACUACAGAUAAUGAGAAUGGUAUUUACUCCCAUACUAGAGAUAAUGAGAAUGGUAUUUACUCCCACACUACAGAUAAUGAGAAUGGUAUUUACUCCCGUACUACAGAUAAUGAGAAUGGUAUUUACUCCCAUACUACAGAUAAUGAGAAUGGUAUUUACUCCCACACUAGAGAUAAUGAGAAUGGUAUUUACUCCCAUACUACAGAUAAUGAGAAUGGUAUUUACUCCCAUACUAGAGAUAAUGAGAAUGGUAUUUACUCCCACACUACAGAUAAUGAGAAUGGUAUUUACUCCCGUACUACAGAUAAUGAGAAUGGUAUUUACUCCCACACUACAGAUAAUGAGAAUGGUAUUUACUCCCACACUACAGAUAAUGAGAAUGGUAUUUACUCCCGUACUACAGAUAAUGAGAAUGGUAUUUACUCCCAUACUACAGAUAAUGAGAAUGGUAUUUACUCCCAUACUACAGAUAAUGAGAAUGGUAUUUACUCCCAUACUACAGAUAAUAAGAAUGGUAUUUACUCCCAUACUACAGAUAAUGAGAAUGGUAUUUGCAUUGUUGUUGCAAACUCGAAUACUGGCUUUUUGGAUAACAGUAGCUAG